CGGUUCUCUCUCUCUCUCUCUCUGCUGCUGCUCCUCACAUUUCGUGUCACGGUGUCACCGGCAGAGAGAGGCGACAGGCUGCUGCGCGCCAGGGGACACCGGUGAGCCUGCGCACGGUACAAACCACACUGCCGCUUGGCGGUGACAUCAGCGGACUGAAAAAGGAAUACAGCAGAAAAUAAAGACCCACAAAAAUGACGGUGGACUUUGAAGAAUGUAUUAAAGAUUCCCCCCGAUUCAGGGCUGGCAUCGAUGAUGUGGAGACCGACGUGGUGGAGAUUGAGGCAAAGCUUGACAAGCUGGUGAAACUGUGCAGUGGGAUGAUCGAAGCUGGCAGGGCCUACGUCAGUGCCAACAAGCUGUUUGUCAAUGGCAUUAAGGACUUGUCUCAGCAGUGCAAGAAGGAGGAGAUGAUAUCAGAAUGCCUUGAAAAGUGUGGAGAAAGCCUCCAGGAGAUUGUCAACUACCACACGAUUUUGUUUGACCAGGCUCAGAGGUCCAUCAAGCAGCAGCUUCAUACCUUCAUUAAGGAGGAUGUGCGUAAGUUCAAAGACACCAAGAAACAUUUUGACCGUGUGCGUGAGGACAUGGAACUGGCUCAGGUGAAGAACGCUCAGGCACCCAGGAACAAGGUGCAUGAGGCUGAGGAAGCCACACAGGCCCUCAUCCUCAGCCGCAAAGCCUUCAGACAUCUGGCACUGGAUUACGUCCUGCAGAUUAACGUCCUUCAAGCAAAGAAGAAGUUUGAAAUCCUCGAUGCGAUGUUGUCCUUCAUGCAUGCACAGUAUACUCUGUUUCAGCAAGGAUUCAACAUUUUGGAUGAGAUUGACCCCUACAUGAAAAAACUGGCUGCACAGCUGGAUCAGCUGGUCAUCGACUCCGCUGUGGAAAAGAGGGAGCUGGAGCACAAACAUGCACUCAUUCAGCAGAGAACUCUAAUGCAGGACUUUUCCUAUGAUGAUCUCAAGCUGGAGUUUAAUGUGGAUGCACCCAAUGGUGUAGUAAUGGAGGGUUACCUCUUCAAGAGGGCCAGCAAUGCUUUCAAGACCUGGAACAGGCGGUGGUUUUCAAUACAGAAUAGCCAGCUGGUGUACCAAAAGAAACUCAAGGACUCCUUGACUGUGGUAGUAGAGGACUUGAGGCUGUGUUCUGUCAAACCUUGUGAAGACAAUGAGAGGAGGUUCUGCUUCGAGGUGGUGUCACCCUCUAAGAGUUGUAUGCUGCAGGCUGAGUCUGAGAAGCUGCGGCAGGCUUGGAUCCAGGCGGUCCAGGCAAGCAUCGCCUCUGCCUACAAAGAUAUCACCGACAAUUACUACAUAGAGCGCUUGGACCGAACAGCAUCGCCCUCCACCAGCAGUAUUGAUUCUGCCAGUGAGCCCAGAGAGAGAGGAGAGAAGGCAGAGAAGGGAGGAGGAGGAGGAGAAAGUCUUCUCCAGAGGGUACAGAGUCUUCCCGGCAAUGAACUGUGCUGUGAUUGUGGCCAAACAGCUCCAUGCUGGGCCUCCAUUAAUCUGGGAGUGUUGCUUUGCAUCGAGUGCUCAGGGAUUCACAGGAGUUUAGGUGUCCACUGCUCUAAGGUGCGUUCACUGACGUUGGAUUCAUGGGAGCCAGAAUUACUCAAGUUGAUGUGUAAACUGGGGAACACUGUGAUCAACCAAAUUUAUGAGGGAGCCUGUGAGGAGCUUGGAGUGAAAAAACCCGGACCCUCCAGUACACGGCAGGAGAAAGAAGCCUGGAUCAAGUCCAAAUAUGUGGAAAAGCGCUUCCUGAAGAAGAUGAGUGGCAGCGAGGCUUUGGUUGAGGGUGAGAGGAAGCCCCGUCCCUGGACAGUGAAGAAGUGCCAGAGACACAGCAGCUCUGCUCGGGCUCCCAACAAGGUCCGACGGAAAUAUCAGCGUUACGAUCCAGGCAGUGCUUCAAUUGCAAGCCUCUCAGCAGCUGCAGCUGCAAAGUUUCGACGGGAUUCCCUGUUCUGUCCUGAUGAAUUGGACUCACUCUUUUCAUACUUUGACACGGGAUCUGGGCCUCGCAGUCUUAGCAGUGACAGUGGCCUCGGAGGAAGUACUGAUGGCAGCACUGACAUCCUGGUGUUUGGUUCAGUGGUUGACAGUGUCACAGAAGAAGAAGAAGAGUCAGAGGACUCCUCCAGCGGCGAGGUGGAGAUUGAACAGGAAGUGUCUUCAGAUCCUGAGGACCCGAGGGAGCUCCACCCUGGGGCACUCCUUUAUCGUUCCUCCCGCCUCCACAACUUGUCAUUGAUGGCUGAGGCAUUGGCACAUGGCGCUGAUGUGCACGCUGCAAAUGAGGAAGAGGAGGGGAAAACGCCGCUCAUUCAGGGCGUGAUCGGAGGCUCAUUGAUAGCAUGUGAGUUCCUGCUUCAGAAUGGAGCCGAUGUAAACCAGAGGGACAUGAGAGGACGAGGCCCGCUUCACCACGCCACUUCUCUCGGGCACACUGGUCAGGUGUGUCUGUUCCUGAAGAGAGGAGCAUCACAGACAGAGGUGGAUGAGCAAGGUCACGACCCCUUAAGUAUUGCCAUCCAGGCCGCCAACGCAGACAUCGUCACACUACUGCGUCUAGCGCGGAUGAACGAGGAAAUGAGAGAGGCGGAGGCUCCCUUGGGUCAACCAGGUCAAUACCACAGCAGCAGCACCACUGAACAGCAGUAUAGGAAGUACCAGGAAUUCAUCUGUCUUAACAUAGACGAAUGCUAGUGGUAAUUCUGUAGCGUGUGGUCUGUUCAUUUGUCAUUCUCCUGACUACAGUCACCUCAACGAUGUUGCCCCUAGACACUGAUCUCAAGUCUGUUUGUACUUAGAUUUAAGCUUAUGGGCAACUUCUUGGGUAUCUGAAGACAGAGGGCCGUACCACUUGCUCACAGUGGGGGAGUGAGACGUCAUAGGGGAGAUCUGCAAUGGAUGUUUUUAGCUCUGCUUACAAUACCAUCACCUCCUGUGUUUUUCUGAAUCACCACCAUCAUGUUUCUGCUUGCCAUGACUCAGCACUACCCAUGCUGGCCUCUAACUUAUCACACCGUGAUGUAACCCUGAUGUGUAGGUUUACUGUCGGUUACCCACCGUUACGUCAGAAAUAUUGUGCUGCAUAAACCUCUACACUUUCUGUCUAUACGACGCCCAAUUUAGCCAUCUCUUCUUGAUCAGAGAUGUAAAUAUACAUAUUUAGAAGUUGUGUGGCUAAUCUUUAAACUAUGUGCUGUGACAUGGAGUGACAAAACGGUAUUUGUUCAAUUACUGAAUGUGAGAACAAGUGAGGAGCUAUGGUAGGCGGGUCAGUGUUGUUUAUUGUGCACACAGAGGAGCCAGGAAGGGUAAUUAAAACUGUGACAGUUGUACUUUACUGCAGGGCCUCUGGGGAACAGAUCUUACCUAUUUUGUAAGAUAUUUGUGGAUUAGUGAUUGGGGAGUGAAUGAGUGCAUGUCAAAGAAUACUGAGAGACAGCAAAAUAGUAUGUAUCAUGUAAA